AUGACAGUGAUAUUUCAUCCAAUAUCACUGUUAUCAAUAACGGUUUCUGUAUGGAUAUUGUUAGUAAUAACAUUUGACCGAUAUUUGGCAUUAUCACGUCCAUUACAACAUCGAGUACACGAUUCUUCUCAACGUGCCUUAUUGAUAUCGAUAUCUCUUAUAAUUCUAGCAUUUUUAUUCUCAUUACCAAGCGCCUUCGAAUUACAUUUAUCGAAAGGAUGUUUUGGUAACAAAUCUGUAUUAAUUGCAACGCCAACCGAUUUAAGGCUUAAUGAAAAUUAUAUAUUUUUCUAUUUAAUCACUAUGAAUAUGCUUUUCAUAACAGUUGGCCCAUUUAUUUUCAUAACAAUUCUUUCAUUUCAAAUGAUUUAUAUAAUUACCAAUUCACGAUUAUUAUUUCAAGAAAUAAAAAUCAGGCGAGAAACAGCGAAUAAAUAUUCAACAGCCUCAGAACGAACGACAAAAAUGCUCAUAAUAGUAGCGCUUAAAUUUUUAAUAUGUAAAAGUCCAUUAAUAUUGGUGAAUAUAUGGGAAAGAAUUAGUGGAUCUGAAGUAGCAACGGGUGCAAUUUAUCAGUUAUGUGUUGAACUGAGCAAUUUAUUAGUCGUAACAAAUAGUGCAUCAGAUUCUAUCGUUUAUUUUCGCUGGCAUCUUAUUAAGGGACAAAAAAUCCCACAAAUUAAGAAGGAUCGAGAGCGUGCUUUAUGUUUAAUCCCACAAUAA